UGGAGACGCUGGGAUUGCGAUCUUUCCUAUAAAUUGCACCCAGUUCUGAAGGCUCGACGGCGCUCUUCUUCCACUUCUUGCAAGUUGCAAAAGAGGAGGUAGCACAGGGCAAGAGAGACAUGUCUGCCAGUGCCAAGGGUGGCAAGGCCCUGGUCAAGUCGGACGCGGGUGCGUAUGUGGCCUGGUCGGGGACCGACCAGCCGGAGCUGGCUGCGGAGGGGCUCGGAUGCGGCCUGCUCCUGCUCAGGCCGCUCUCUUUCGCGCUGCCGCACUACGCCGACUCUCCCAAGUUCGGCUACGUCCUCCGAGGCUCCGGUGUCGCCGGCGUCCUCCCGGUCGCCACCGAGGACGCCUCCGCCGCGGCCAGGGAGAGAGUCGUGCGCCUAGAGGCCGGCGACGUCAUAGCCGUCCGCACUGGGGAUGUCUCGUGGUGGUACAACGACAGCGACGGCGACACGGACGACCUCUCCAUCUUGUUCUUGGGUGACACGGAGCGCGCUGUCAGCCCGGGGGACAUCUCCUACUUCUUUCUCGCCGGCGGCAACAGCGUCCUAGGAGGCUUCGACGCGGGCCUCCUCGCCGGGGCAUGGUCUGGGGUGACGAAGGAGCAGGCCGCGGCCGUGUUCCGAAGCCAGCCAGCCGUCCUCCUCGCCGGCCUGAGCACGAAGCUGACCGGCGUCUGCCCGCGAGAGCACGACAGGAAAGGGCUCGUCGUGAACGCAGGCCAAGUCGCCGCAGGGACCCUGAAGGCGGUCACCGCGGCGGACCUGGCGGCGCUGGGCGACCUCGGGAUCAGCGCAGUGAUCGGCAAGCUCGAUCCCGGCGCCGCGCAAGCGCCGUGGGUGUUACGCGAGGGUGCGGCGCAGGCGGUGUACGUGGCACGCGGGAGCGCGCGCGUCCAGGUGUCUUCUUCCGUGGGCGGCGAGACGCUGCUGCUGGACGAGGAGGCCGCCGCGGGGAGUGUGCUUGUCCUACCGCGGUUCGCCGUGGCGCUCAUCUCCGCAGGCGCCGACGGCGCAGAGUGGGUGUCCCUGAUCAAGAGCGCCAGGCCCGAGGUGGAGCAGCUGACCGGGGAUGGAUCGGUGCUCGACGGCCUGACCGCGCAGGUUGUGCAAGCGUCGCUGAGCGUGGCGCCGGAGCUCGUGGAGCUGCUCGGAGGCCGCAGCGCCGAGCCGUCCCACUGAGCGGUCCAUGUACGCGUUCGCGCCGCGGCGUCCGGUUACUUUCCGACUUUCCGUGGCGUGUCUGUCCCGUAUGCUCCGUCGACGUCGACGUCGACGCGUCCCACACGAUCUUUAUUAUACGCUGUUGCGUCUCUAUAUAUAUAUAUGCAAAAAUGAUACACCUACGUAAUCUCUAUGUACGAGCCUACUUACAUGAAUGAGCAAAAUAAUUCUGUGCGUUGUUGUA